AUGAGAUCACAUAUCAUCUCUGGAGCACUGGCUCUCGCCGCCGGUCUCCAAGUCGUUAGUGGCGCGGGGGUGCACGUUGACACCCUCAUCUCGAGACGAUUGCAGAAGAGGUUUGUAGAUGGUGACGGGAAUUAUAAUAUCUCACUCUAUCAUAUCAAUGAUGUGCACGCCCAUCUUGAUCAGUUCCGAUCUAGCGGAACGGACUGCACAGACCCUACUAAAGGAUGCUAUGGAGGGUAUGCACGAGUGAAAGAGGUUGUCGACAAAACAAGGCCGUCGCACAAUGAUUCCCUGUUUUUGAACGCGGGUGAUGAGUUUCAGGGAACUCUGUUCUAUAGCUUCUAUGGCGGCGAAAAAAUCGCGGAUACGCUCAAUCAGCUCGGCUUUGAUGCCAUGACAGUUGGGAACCAUGAGUUCGACGCUGGAGACGAUGUUCUGGCCGCAUUUGUCAAAAACUUAACCUUCCCUGUCACAUCGUGCAACAUCCAGACCGAUAACAAGGCCCUCAAUGAGACUCUGGUCCCCUAUGUUCUCUUUCCUAAGCACAAUCUCGCUGUCGUCUCUGUCACGACUGUCACCACACCGCAUAUCUCGAACCCCGGCGAUGGGACAAAAUUCGAGGACCCAGUGACAGCGAUUCAAAGGACCGUCGAUCUUGUCAAAGCUACUCAAAACGUUACAAGGAUUGUGGCAUUGACUCAUAUUGGCUAUGAGGCCGAUAUUGAGAUGGCCAAGAAAACGAAGGGGAUUCAUUUAAUCAUCGGCGCUCAUUCGCACACGCUAUUGGGUGAUAUGGAGGGUGCAGAGGGGAAGUAUCCUACUAUCGAAACCAACGAGGACGGAGACGAAGUCUUUAUUGUUACCGCAUACCGAUGGGGUGAAUACCUGGGAUAUAUCGAUGUCGCCUAUGACUCUGAUGGCAAGAUCGUUGCUUACACUGGUGCCCCCAUUCAUCUUACCAACGCCACUGCACAGGAUGCCCAACUUCAAGCUCAGAUCGAGGAAUGGCGUGUCCCAUUCGAAGCCUUUGCUGCUGAAGAAAUUGGUGACAGCAAAGUCGUCCUUGAACAGGGCACUUGCCAGAAGGGUGAAUGUACACUUGGUGACUUCAUGGCCGAUGCAAUGGUUGAUUACCGUAUUGAGGGCAACCCUGAUGUUGCGGGCGCUAUCAUCAAUGCCGGCGGCAUUAGAGCUACUAUUGAUGAAGGCCCAAUCACCCGCGGCGAGGUCCUUACUUCUUUCCCAUUCGGAAAUGCCAUUGUUGAAGUGUCCUUUACCGGAGAAGAGCUGUGGAAGGUGUUCGAGGGGAUUGUUGGAGGUGUUAGCUUGUUUGAUAACGAGAAGUUGAUCUCGUUGGAGAUUGGGGAGAGUCCCGUGGAGAUGGACAAAGAGUACACCAUUGUGACUUUGGACUUUUUGGCUGGAGGGGUGAUAACUUUUGGCCUAUCAAAACCGACUUUGCUACCCUCGACACCCAAGACGAGGUUCUGA